CAAAAAUCCACGUGCGUCAGGUAACCCAUCUGCUCCCCUCAUCACCAAAGUUGGCCUUGAAUCUAUCCUCCAAAAAACAACAACCCAACAGCGAGAGGAAACCAUGAUUCACGACAUCGUAACCCUCACUGGCCGUCAGCUCUUCCUAGGCGGCGCCCGCGGACAGAGCAAUGACCCUCCUCCAGCCACGACCCGAAACUACUACUUGCCGCGCACCGUCAACUUUCUCACACUCGGCGCCAUCGGCAUCGGCACAGCAGGCCUGAUGAUCUCUCUCGUACUUUUUGCCAUUUGUGCAGCAUCAAUCGGCUCUGGCCCAAUUGGCCUGCUCAUAAUUGUAUUUUGGAUGGCGAGCGUCAGCGGCGUAGGACGUCUUCAUCGUGCAGUUGAGUUGCCAACCAUCUUCAGCUUGAUGGCUGAUAUUGGUGUCGUCUGGAGCAGCUUCCCUGCGUACAUCAUCUUUGCGUUUUCGACCAGUGGCGAAGGUAUCGCGUGUAAUCUGUCCAUCUGUAAAGUCUUGGGAAUAGCUAUAGCUUUGCUUCUCUACACACUUCUUCUGCUGAUGGCUCUUGCUGUUCUCAUCCAUGUGGCUCUACUUGCCAUCACCGUCGUCUCGCUGGCUGUACGGAUGAUAUCAGUUCUAGUUGCUAUGACCCGAACGUACUAUCGACAGAUUCCAGGCGACGAGGAGCAAAGCAUUGAAUAUGCCGGCCUGAAUGAGCAGCCCAUUGUGCUCACGGUGGGCUUGAGUUCUAGUGGGAGUGCGGCGUAUGAGCUGGAUGCCGAGGAGUUUGGCCCGUGGAAGGGUGAUGAUAUGUCCAGUUUCAAAACGCAACAAGGAUAGCAAGGGUGACGAUUCAUAUAUAACCGUCCACCCAUAAACGUCUAUAAAUGAAUCUGGACACCCGUCAACGCCGUCGCAUCCUCGCAACUACCUGGUAUUUGAAAUCCUGCUGCACACUGUAAAGCGGAAAAUAUGAGGGGAACCCAUCCCAGCAAAAGACCAUUUACGCAAAUUGACUUGCAUGCUGCGUACGCUGAAGACGUGCCGGCCACAGGUUAUGCAUUGGAUUCUAGCAGCUCUAAAGACGACCACGCCGCUUCUACGGGACCUUGGAGAAGACUAAACCCUGCCAAGCUCACUGGGAAGUAUUGACAGGUAUUGAGUACUUGUUGGAACACCUGGAGGACUGGAAAGCCUUCUACAGCGAUACCUCAGAGGAUGCAAUGGAGGAAAACACUAGACAAGCGGUUAAAACUAUUCAAGGACGCCCAAGUCGUGCACUUCAACGGCCAGCUCGCUUUGAUGACUGUGAAAUUGGUCACCGGAACAUAUUCCGGAUACAUACACUCGGUCAGGCAAACCAAGUGUGUCCAAGGCGGCAGACCUAUGGGGCGAUCAUCGCUGCUACCUGAGGCUAUGUAUUACUAACGCAUGGCAGAAGCUGAACGAAUACUAUAUUAAACUAGGAGAGUCUUCGCUGUUCGCAGCGGCAAUUAUUCUUCAUCCUAGGCAUGGAAUUAGAUACUUGGAGACAAAUUGGGUUACGGAAGAGCAGCUUGUAUGGGUGAGAGAUGCCAAGACUGGUCUCUCUAAUUACUUUGAUAAGUAGUACCGUCGCUUGGUACCUCAUGCUACUGAUGAGCCGGCCACUGCAGGCGUGGUAAGGGCGUUGACAACAACCGACAAGCGCGGCGAAGCGAGUGAGUUCAGGCAGUGGGUGAAGAGUAGAACGAGUAAAGCGGCGACGACAGGCAGCGAGCUUGACAGGUACAUGCGGAUGGAGACUCAGGAUACUGAUGAUCCGAUCAGCUGGUGGCUGACACAUCAAGCUUCGUUCCCUGCGCUCAGUCAACUGGCGCUGGAUGUGUUUGCGAUACCAGCAAUGGCUACUGAUUGCGAAAGGUUGUUCAGUCUGGCAAAGUUGUCCUUGACAUCACAAAGACUUUCGAUGAGCCCAACGACGCUAGAGGCACUCCGGGGCCUCAAAAACUGGACGAGACAUGGUGCUGUGAAGCUGGGGUCAGUGGGCGGGUGCCGAGGAGCAGACAGCAGCGUUGGUGGCAUGAACGAGUAGUCAGCAUUCCAAAUAUUCGAUCAAAUAUUCCAAACAAACAAAUAUGGCUUCAAAAUAUAUCAAACAAACAAAUAUAGGCCCGGAUUUGAUUUGUUUGAUUUGAGGACAGCGCUGCUACUAACCCGGCUGGCUGAAGAAUCUUUGAAAGGGAUGGCUCUGGCAUCAGGUGCUACAGAGCUUUCGCUCUCAGUUGCUGGCGGGUAAGAAGUUUCACAUCUUCUCAUUGCCGCUUAUUAUAAUCAAUCCAUAAUCAUCUAUUAUUUUAAGUCAUUCAAGACCAUUUCAAUGAGACUCGUUGAUGGCUCGUUCGAGGCUAACGGCACAUUGAAGGGGACGAGCAAUACGCCAACAUGAUGGCGCGUCUGUCAAAACCCGCGGGGGGACUCAACAUUACGCUGCGUUAAGGAAGUGGUAUGAUUCCGCUGUUGAAGAGCCAGCAAUGACGUGGUGGUGCGAGAGUGUACGACUCAAAGUCCGCCAUCCUAUGGUGUUUAGCGGCAUGUUGUUGACAGCGGCCUUUGUCGUGUUACAAAUCAUGGGAAAGCAUCGGCGGCGACACCAGUUUAUCUUCGUGGUUCGUUCUGGGCGGAGUAGUUGUCUGCGUUGUUAUCUGUUUCGGCAUUGAUUGGAUGAGCCCAAUUUAAAAAGAGUAUUAGUAUUAUUCUAUCUCGCGUAUCUCCAUCUACUCAUUAUAUAGUCCUAGCUUGCCCAUGAGGGGAUAUCCAGUUUCAGAUAUUACCGGAUCAAAAGCUUUCAAAUACCUAACAUAAUACUAUGGUUGGUGUGGCUACCCAAUCCCUAUUAUCGGCGGUGGAGGAUUUUAGUGUUUGGCCUACCUAAUAAAGGCACAGCGGCUAUCUCACCUAUAAUGAUAGCUAUUGUAAUAAACUUAGA